AUGUUUCCACAGAGGUGCGACCGCAGUCGUGUUCAGCUGCAGCUCCAGGCAGGACGCGGUGGUGUCAACAACACUGCCUCAUUAUUCCACUGCCAGCUGGACGGCUGCCACCAGGCUGUGACACUGAAGCCGGGCCCGGCGUUCAGGCAGCUCCUGUCGGACGGGUCCGGCCUCUCUCAAGUAACCAGUCAACCAGUGACAGAACCAGUGACAGAACCAGUGACAGAACCAGUGUCUGACCCAGGGUCUGACCCAGGGUCUGACCCAGAGCCCGUGUGGUCUGGAGCUGCUGUUCUCCAACUGUUGAAAGGACUGUGGGGACAAACAGGCAGCGAGUUCCUGUCACCCAGAACCACAAAGUUCUGGGUGCUGGAGCAGGAACCUGACCAAAGCAGCGCCACACGGUGGACGAGUUCUUGGACCGGGGUUGGUCGUUCAGAUGUUCUCGGUCCGACUGCUGGGUUCUCCCCUGGUUCCCUCAACCAGCAGCACUGGUCCAGGAAGUACCCGUCCUGUACCAGCGGCAGACAGUCUCCGGUGGACAUCGACGAAGCCUUCGCUCCGGUCAGACUGCAGUACCAACACCUGCAGCUAGAGGGCUGGGAGAGGACCAUAGCAGAGUCCAGCACGGUCCACAACAAUGGAAAGACCGUGUUCGUGGACGUGGAGGGGGAGUUCUUCGUGAGCGGGGGAGGCCUGAGCUCCAGGUACCGUGUCAGCAGAGUCCUCUUCCACUGGGGGCGCUGCAAUGCCACGUCAGACGGCUCCGAGCACAGUGUGAAUGGACAGAGAUCCCCCCUGGAGAUGCAGGUCUACUCCUACGACGCAGACGAGUUCCAGAGUCUGGACCAGUCCAUCAGGGAGGGGGGCAGGGUCUCAGCCCUGGCCGUGCUCUUUGAGGUCAGUCUGGAGGACAACCAGAACCUCGACCCACUUCUGGAAUCCAUCGGUACCGUCAGCAGAUUCGGUAAGAGUGGGUCACUGGAAGCCUUCACUCUUGGAUCCUUGUUGCCCAACAACACAGACAAGUAUUUCAUCUACAACGGUUCUCUGACUGUUCCUCCGUGUUCUGAGGUGGUGGAGUGGAUCGUCUUCAAAGACAGGGUGGACAUAUCAGAGACGCAGUUGGAGCGGUUCUGUGAGGUCAUGACCCUGCAGCAGGCCGGGUACGUCAUGUUGACAGAUUAUCUUCAGAACAACUUCAGAGAACAGCAGCAGUUCCUGGGUCAGAUCUUUGCCUCCUACACUGGAGUGGAGGACGUCCUCACCCCCACCUGCAGCUCUGAACCAGAGAACCUUCAGGCCGACGCCCAAAACGACACCACCAUCGUGGUGAUGUGGGAGCGCCCCCGUGUGGUUUACGAAACAACCAUAGACUGGUACACUGUCACCUACCAGAGGCUGCAGGGGAGGGACCAGAGCAAGAAGGAGUACCGGACGGACGGAGACCAAGACGUGGGGGCCAUCAUCUCCAGCCUACUGGCCAACAGCAGCUACGUCAUCCAGGUGGGGGCGGUCUGCACCAACGGUCUGAGAGGACGCUGGAGCGACCAGGUCAUCGUGGACAUGCCGUUAGAAGACCCAGAAAGUGAGUGGGGGUCUGAGACGGACGUGGACGAGGACUCUGAGGUGUCACCUGAGGUCAAACGGUGGACGACUGACGACCAGAAUCCAGCACACCACCGCCCUCUAGAGGAGAUCCCGGUGGAGCAGACCAAAGUUCACCAGAACACGCCAACAAGUCCACAGAAUCCGCCCGUCAAUCAAAGUCCGACGCAGCAGAACCCCAGGACGGCACCAAAGAGCCCCCCCGGUUCUGCCGUCCUGCAAAAAACCCGGGUCGGUCCGAGUGGUCAGAAAAAGUCGGUCAAGUCCAAGUCCACUCUGGACGAGAUGACCCAGAACUGGAUCGAUGAGGUCAGAAGAAGUCCAGGUCGAAGGCCUUCAUCUCACCCCAGAGUGGACACCAACGGCGCCAUCUGGCUGUCUGAGGCACCGGAACAACCGGGCUUCCUGUUUCCACUUCCUGUCACCACCACAGGGGCAGCGGUCCAACAUCAAAGGACAGAGGAGUCCCUGCUGUCCAUACAGACAGACGUCCACACUCCUUCGUUGGAGGACGUUCACGUCACAGACAUCUUCUAUGAAGACACAGUCGUCAACUUUCCUCUGGGAACGACCCCCCCUCUGGGAACGACCCCCCCUCUGGGAGCGACCCCCGCUCUGGGAACGACCCCCCCUCUGGGAACGACCCCCCCUCCAGCCACACCCUCCUCUGCUGGGGUCGCAGCAGGUAGAGACAUGGAGCACAUCUCUGUGCCCCCCCCUGACCCCGGGACAGAGGACCCCGUCAGGGUCAGCUCCCCUCCAACCAGCAGCAGCCUCACCCCUCCCCCCCCCCCCAGGGGGGACGCGCCCCCCCCACACGUCACCACCCACCCCCCGGGCGCCACCUCCCCUCUGGGAACGACCCCCCCUCUGGGAACGACCCCCCCUCCAGCCACACCCUCCUCUGCUGGGGUCGCAGCAGGUAGAGACAUGGAGCACAUCUCUGUGCCCCCCCCUGACCCCGGGACAGAGGACCCCGUCAGGGUCAGCUCCCCUCCAACCAGCAGCAGCCUCACCCCUCCCCCCCCCCUCAGGGGGAUGAUGCAUACGACGCAGGCCGUGUUCAGUGAGGGCAGCAACAGCAGCCAUGAUACCAGGGUGGGGCUGGUGGCAGGGGGGGUGCAGGGGGGAGAGAGGACGGACGUUCCUCUGGCUGUUGUCUCCACUUUGACUGUCGUCUGUCUGCUGUCCCUGGUGGGCAUACUGGUGUACUGGAGGAACUGUUUCCAGGUUCAUUUGGACCCAGAGGAGAACACGUCGUCACCAAAGGUCUUGUCUGUUCCAUCCACACCUGUGCUGCUGGGGACAGACGCUCCGGAACCGAUGACCAUGAAGCAGUUUGUGAAGCACGUCAGAGAGCUGCACGACAGGAACGCCUUCUCCAAAGAGUUCCAGGAGGUUCAGGUCUGUACUGUGGACAUGAACAUCACCACUGACACGUCCAACCAUCCUGACAACAAGAGCAAGAACAGAUACAUCAACAUCCUGGCCUACGAUCACAGCAGAGUUAAACUUUCCAACAGUUCAGACCGAGAAGGUGGAGACUACAUCAACGCUAACUUUGUUGACGGUUACCAGCGGACUAGAGCUUAUAUCGCAGCUCAGGGUCCACUCAGAGCCAGUAGAGAAGACUUCUGGAGGAUGAUCUGGCAGCAGAACGUCGGCGUUGUCGUCAUGAUCACUAACCUCAAAGAGAAAGGACGGACCAAAUGUGACCAGUACUGGCCAGAGGAGAACAUGGAGGAAUAUGGUCCAUACCAGGUGACACUGAGGACCAGCCGGUCCCUGGCUUAUUAUACACUGAGAAAGUUCACCAUCAGAGACAGAACAAAGGGGGCUCUCAAGAAGACAGAACACACGGUCCUGCAGUAUCACUACACCCAGUGGCCGGACAUGGGAGUACCUGAGUACACCCUGCCGGUUCUGUCCUUCAUCAGAGCUUCGUCCCAGGCCCGCAGCCCACAGAUGGGACCGGUUCUUGUUCACUGCAGUGCCGGUGUAGGAAGAACAGGAACCUACAUGGUCAUCGACAGCAUGCUGCAGCAGAUCCAGGACCAGGGGACCGUGGACGUUCUGGGGUUUCUGAAACACGUCAGAACUCAGAGGAACUUUCUGGUCCAGACGGAAGAGCAGUACGUCUUCAUACACGAUGUCCUGGUGGAGGCCAUCCUGAGCCGCGACACCACGGUGACCUCUGACCUUCUCCACUCUUACGUGUCUGACCUCCUGAUCCCGGGGGUGUCGGCCAGGACCCGCAUGGACAAACAGUUCAAGCUGGUCAGUCAGCGUCAGGGCUGACACUCGGACUACAGCAGCGCCCUCGCCCACGGCAACGCCGACAGGAACAGAGCCAGAGCCCUGAUGCCUGUGGAGAGGUCAAGGGUCAGCCUGACGGCUUCAACGUCCAACCCCAGUGGAUACGUCAACGCCUCCUACGUCACGGGAUUUCACCACAGUCAGCAGUUCAUCGUCAGUCAGACUCCACUGACUGACACCGUGGCCGACCUCUGGUCCCUGGUCUGGGAACAGAGGAGCUGCACCGUGGUCUACCUCCAGGACACACACAGUCAGAGUGAAGGGUUCUGGGAGUUCUGGCCCAGUGAAAACCGACCAAUGAGCUUUGAGGGUUUGACAGUGAGAUUCUUGGGGGCGGAGCCUGUGACGCUGUCCAAUGAUGACACACUGUUGGUGCAGGACUUCCUGCUGGAGUCUCCAGUGAACAGUAACUCACUGGAGGUGAGGCAGUACAGCGUCCCCUGCUGGCCAAACCCAGACAGCCCUAUUAGGAACAGUUUUGACUUGGUCAACACGGUCAGAGAACACAGCCGACACACGACCACGCCCACCGUGGUCCACGACCCUUUGGGUGGCGCCCCCUCUGGGCUGUUCUGUGCUCUCACCACCUUGUCCAGUCAGCUGGAGGAGGAUGGAGCGGUGGACGUGUACCAGGUGGCACGGAUGACCAACCUGAUGAGGCCGGGGGUUUUUAAUGANCCCCACACCCCCCUCUUUCAGGAGCAGUACGUCUACCUGUACCAGGCUGUGCUGAGUCUGGUCAGCAGCCAGGAGGACCAGAAGGCCCUGCAGAGUCCAGAGACCAACGGGUCGGUACCACUGGGUCAGACCAACGUCACAGAGAGCCUGGAGUCACUCAUGUAGCCCACUGGAACCAGGACUUUAGCACCACAGAGCAGGUUCCUCUGGGACCCCCCCCUAACCCCCACAUGGUGCGACACCACAGAGAUUAAAGUCCAGCCCCCCAAGCCCCCCCAGCCCCCCCCCACACACACACACGGGACGUUAGCUUGAAUAGACGGUAAUGUUUCCUAGCUAAAGCUAACGAAGUUUGUCCCCAACUCUACGUCACAGUUAGUCACUGUAGCUCAUUGACAUCACUAGGAGUGUAUGUUGGCAGAACAGUUCUAACAUCAUGGAGGUUGAUACGGGACCAAUAGUUCAGUGAAUGGAGAGGGACUGUUAUCAGUUCUAAGGAACCGAUCCUUUCUUCCUUUGAACCAGUUUUGCAGUUCAAAUAUGUGACUGUUACUACAGUGUACUGCAGUACAAUCAGCUGCAGCGACUGACUCACGCUGUAAAUGUUUAUAUAUUUGUACUCAGAGCAGGUUUUUCUAGUCCUUGUACUGCAGUACUUCUAACCAUCUUCAUGUCCACAGUACUAAUGAAGUAUUUGUCUCUUUUCUAUGGAAUUUUUAUUGUUUAGCCGCGGUUUAAUGUCAAAAUAAAAGACUGAUGUUUGUCUUGGAUGUUCUUCAGACUGUUCUGUUCCUGGGAGAACAGUCACCUUCAACACAGCACGGGAACUUACUGCAGAACCGCACAGCGCCUCCUGGUGGACCUGAUUAAGCUACAUUGAAGUCAACACAACCAAAAACCAACGGCAUAUUUACAUUUACUGUGUAGAAACACAGGGAUGUCUGUGGUGAACACAGCAUCAGCAUCAGCAUCAGCAUCAACAUCAGCAUCAACAUCAACAUCAGCAUCAGCAGCAUCA